AUGAGGGCUGGUCCAGAAGAACCCGCGUCGACGUUGGAACGCACCGCCGCGAGCGCCACGCGGACGACGAUCGAGCCCGGGGGGAUGCGGAUCUCACGGUCGCGCGCGUUUGUCGCGUUAUGCGUCGUGUGUUGCGCGAGCAUCCCGGUGUGUGUCGCCGCGCCGUUCGCGGACAAGGACGCGCUCAAGACGGCGGUGAGAAAUUGUUUGGCGAACGUAACAUCGGGGGCCAACUGCUGCUCGACGGACCCGAACUGCGGGAACCCGAGCUCGGCGCGAUGCGGCGCCGCGGGUUGCGACGACAUGCCCAGCUGGGACACGAGCCUCGUGACGGACAUGUCCUUGUUGUUCAGGGAUUGCGAUGGUGGCCAACCGUGGUGCGGGGGCUUCGUCUUUGACUCGAGCUCAUUCAACGAAAACAUCGGCUCGUGGGAUACCUCCAAGGUCACGAACAUGCAGUCCAUGUUCGUUGACACCGCCGCGUUCAAUCAACCCAUCGGCUCAUGGAAUACCUCCAAAGUCACGGAAAUGAGUUCCAUGUUCAGUGGCGCCGCCGCGUUCAAUCAAGCCAUCGGCUCGUGGGAUACCUCCAAGGUCACGAGCAUGGGUGGCAUGUUCAGUGGGGGGGCCGCGUUCAAUCAACCCAUCGGCUCGUGGGAUACCUCCAAGGUCGUGGGUAUGGGGUCCAUGUUCUAUGGCGCCGCCGCGUUCAAUCAACCUAUCGGCUCGUGGGAUACCUCGCAGGUCACGAGGAUGGAUUACAUGUUCAGUGGCGCCGCCGCGUUCAAUCAAGCCAUCGGCUCGUGGGAUACCUCCAAGGUCACGAGCAUGGGGAACAUGUUCUAUCAAGCCGCCGCCUGGCAAGAGAGGUACACGAACUGCGGCUACUCCAGCUCCCACUCCGCCUGCGGCGAGUUCACGUCGUACACGAGCUCCGACGCCCCGGACCGGGGUCCACCCGCCGCGUGGGUUCGCAAAGACAACGCGUGCGACGCCGCCGUGCCUCCUGCCAACGGCGCCGCGGGUACCUGCUCAGACACCCUUGCGAGCGGGUCGUCGUGUCAGCCCACGUGUGACACGGGGUACACAGUCUCGGGGACGUCGUCGUGUUUGAAUCGGGUGCUGACGAGCGCAACGUGCUCCCCAAACCCGUGCGAUGCAUCGUCGCCGCCGGUAAACGGUGCCGUCGGUACCUGCACCGGCUCUCUGGCGAGUGGCUCGUCGUGCACCCCCAGCUGCGACUCCGGCUACGUCCUGUCCGGCACCAGGUCUUGCAGCGCCGGCACGCUCACGGACACCGCGGUGUGCAACACAUAUCCAAGUCCUCCACCGCCUUCACCAUCGCCACCACCGUCUUCCUCACCGGCAAACUCUUCCUCACCGGCGAACUUCUCCGCAUCUUCGGUCCCGUCUCCGUCACCGCCUCCGCUGCCUCCGCCUUCGCCACCGCCUCCGCCUCCUCCAAAGCUCGUCACCGACGACGACGACGCGGCACACGCGCCGCGUGAUGUCCUCGGCGCACUCCUACUCGCGUGCGUGACCCUUCUCUUGUUCUAG